UUUCAAUAGUCGCAAGCGAUAUUAUACAUGCGGUUCCCAACGGUCACAUCUCCACUCUCCUUUCUUCGUGACACCGUGCCAUUUUUUCUACCUCCGAAAAAUUGCCUUUGUUAUUCUUCGAUUGAGUUCGUGAAAUUUUCUUGGGUGAUACAAGAAUGGUCAAAGAAAUGGAUGCUCAUGAUAAGGCUCUAUCAUCGUCGAUGCCUACUAAAGCCUCUAGAUUUCCGAGAGUCUCAGCUUCUGAUGAGAACGAUCAACCCCAUCAAGAAAUGGGUUCUAACAUUCAGAACAGUGAGAAAUUUUCCCCAAAGCAUAACAUGUCUCAAACCAUCUCUGCCGCUGCCAAGGUCGCUGUCCCAAGAAAGAAAAUCUUUGCCGAAAGGAACGAGGCCCCAGAACCGUUUUUCUCCAAUACCCAUGUCCCAAAGACUCCGGUUUUUGAAUCAAAACUUAAUUUUGUGAAUCCCGGAACCGAUAUUUCUGAUGUAUCAUCACCAGAGGGUUUUGCAACCGACGACAAUGAACCGAAUAUUCAUGUUGCUAAUGGUUCUUUGAGGCCCUAUGACCCAUUAACGAAUUUUCUUUCUCCAAGGCCUAAGUUUCUCCGGUACAUGCCGCAUAGGCGCCGUGAGAUUUUUCUUCGCCGAGAAAAAGAAAUCAGAGAAGGAAUAGACGGGCUGUAUAUUAAUACAACUGGUUCUUUUGAAUUCGAGAAAGGUAGUGAUGAAGAGGAUGAUUCGAUUCGGGGCUCUUUGGCUUCAUCAGACGAAGGUUCCGUACAGAAAGAAGAUGAAGAAAUUGAGGACAGUGAUGAGGACGUUGAGGACAGUGACGAGGAAAUUGAGGAGGUAGAGGAGGAGAAAGGUCGGGGUUUGAAAAGGGUGUUGGAAUCUCUGUUUUGCUUUGUUCUUCUCGUUCUUUCUACCUUAUAUGUAUCUUCAGUUUCUAUAGCUCCUUCAACAAGUUUGCAAUCUUUGGAGGAUCUUAAAGGUGGGUACUAUAACAUUCAGAACCAUACGUCGGAAGCUUUCUUGGCUAUGAGACUUGAGAGUGGAACUAACAUUUGGGAUCAAGUACAAGAAAUACAAAUGGGUUUGGAUCGAGGACGCCGCAGAGCUAAUGAGGAGAGGAUUGAGGAAGAAAAAAUGGUGGAAGAUUUGAAAACAGGAAGAGUAAAAAUUUCUGAGGUGCUAAAUGAUGUGGUAUAUGGAAAUGGUGGAGAAAGUGAAGCUUUAGAGGUGGUUGAGGAUGAAAAGAAGGGAGCAGUUGAUGAGUUGCGUGAAUUGACGGAGCCACAAUCUGUAGAUGUUGACGAAGGUUGUGAACAUGAAACAGUGAAGAUAGGGGGUUUUUCUGGCCGGAAUUCUGAGUUGCAAAAUGGUGAAACAAUACAAAAUCUUGAAGCUUUUCAGGAUUGUCAGGCACCAUACACGUUUGAUGUGAAGGAUCACCAAAUUAUAGAAUCUGAUAUUACUAAUAUUCUUAUAGAAGAAAAUGAUAUUUUGACGGAGCCAGCCGAAGAAGUUCACAAUGAGCCGGAAGAAGAUGAAGAAGUAAAUUUGGACGGAAUGGGCAAGGAUAAAGACCUCGAAAUUCUCAAUCUUGGAGCAGAAGGAAAUUUGGAGGAGGCCCUGCUGAAGCACUUUGGAACCGAAUUGUUGUUACUGAGAGCUGUUAUUGGGAUCUCAGUAUUUUCUAUGAUUUUGGCCUCCUUGGUCUUGGGUUUUCACUUUAAGCAUAAGAAAACUUCAGGAAAGAAUUCUUCCCUAAUUGCAAAGCGUUGCUCUGAAUCUCUGAGAGUAGAGCAGGAGAAAACUGUUGGAAAAUAUUCAUCUCUGAUCCGAAAGCCUUCUUCUGAAUCUUUGAGAAUAGGCCAGAUCAAAACUAUCAAAAAGGGUCUUGUAAAGCCUUUUGUCGAAUCUGUAGCAGCAGAGAAGCAUUGCUCAGUGCUUCCCAAUGGGGAAGGGGUGCACACGGAAUGUGCUGACUCUUUUGUGAUUCAUUCAUCUUUUCAUCCAAUGGAGGAAUCUUCCAAGGAUGAUUAUGAAAGCCGAGCACCAACAAUUGAGCUGCUUGGUGAGUUUGUGGUUGGAGAGAUAAGCAGCUCUCUGAGGAGCUGUGAUACGAAAAAUAGGAGGAUAGGCAGUGAAGAGGGCAAUUAUUCCGUUUCCACAGAGAAGAAGUCAGGAAGCAAGGUCCAUUCAGUUUCUCUACAGUCCCAGCCAACUUUCCCAGAGUUCUCUUCCAUGGAUUCUCAUUCAUGUGCAAGAUAUACUACCGAGAAGAAAGUUGUGAAAAGAGAGGAGGGGGGCAAAGAUGGAGAAGCUAAGGUAAUUACAACUACUCCAGUGAGGCGAUCAAGCAGAAUCCGAAAUCGGUCACUCACAUCUCCAUGAAUGACUCGCCUUUUUUUAUUUAGAUGAUGUGCCCUGGCACUGGCAGCAGUUGGAACAGCAUCCUCUGUUGUUUCAAGUUUCAACCUCCUUGCACUGGAGACUUUCAGGGAGUUGGCUUAACAUCUUUGGUUGUAGAAUUGAGCAGUUGCUAAUCCUAGGAACCGCGAUUCUUUGUAUUUGGGUUACAAUUGUAAGAAAAUGAACAUGUGACUACAUUCAUGCAUCUCUGAGGCAGACUAAUCUGUCAUAUAUAUGUUUCUUAUGCC